GCGCAUGCUCACUCACAGAAAUCUGCCCAGGAUUUCGUGAUAUUAUUGUGCUGUGUUGGAUAGCAGUAGUUUCACCGUUUUUCGAUUGACUAUUCACUUAUUGUUUAUUUUGAGAAUAUCAGUUAACAUGGCAGAUCCAAGAAUACGACAGAUCAAAAUCAAGACUGGCGUAGUAAAGCGGCUGGUAAAGGAGAAGGUCAUGUAUGUCAAGGAGACCAGGCAGCAGGAGGAGAAGAUUGAACGACUGAAAGCAGAGGCCUGCGACGAAGAGGCCGACUCCGAGGCCAGGUAUGUCAUCAAGAAACAGUUGGAGGUGCUACAGGAGUCCAAGAUGAUGGUUCCAGACUGUCACAGGCGUUUGACCAUAGCACACGCAGACCUGUCCCAGAUACUAGAAACAGAAGAGGACUUGGCUGAAGCAGAGGAGUACAAAGAGGCCAGGACCGUAUUGGAUUCAGUGAAGCUUGAAGGAUGAUGUUCUCACUCUGUAAUGCACUACUUAAAUGUCUAUUUCAUUCAUCUGGGCUUGUUUGGAAACACAGACAAACAAAAUCGUUCAGCAUCUUUUUCUCUUUCUCUCGCUCUUUUUUUUAUUUUUUAUUUCUACAUUUGAAAACAACGUGCAGUCUGAUGUCGACAUCCUUCUCCUGAGUGUACAAUCUCACACAAGCAGCAAAUAAAAAUGUAUUUCUUUUCUUAACAUGGGGGUUUGCUUUGUUUCUUCAACUAUACAGCUGCAAAUUAAGCCUGGUUGUAUUGUUUAACUCAUAUUAAAGCCAUACAAUAGUA